UCCCAGCAGGAAGCUAGAGUCACGCUGGAAGUGUCGGGCUAACAUGGAGCUGUCUACUACUUGAGCCCGAACCAAAAUAGCGACAUUUAACUGUGUUUUUUACUCUUAGACAGCGGUCUGAAACGGUUCACAUGGAGCCCAAUAAGCAGCCGGGUGAGAAGAAUGAACUUGACUAAAGCAGUUUGGAACUAACGAUCUGAAGAUGAACCUUAAUACAGAGUGUCAAGUUUUGGUUUCGGCUGGAGACAGCUCUAAAAUGUCUUAAGUAGAUUUAAAGAGAGAGAACCAUGCCCCUGCCGUUUGGCCUGAAGCUCAAAAGGACUCGGAGGUACACGGUGUCGAGCAAGAGCUGCCUGGUGACGCGCAUCCAGCUGCUGAGUGGAGACUUUGUGGAGUUCACCCUGUCUGUGGAGAGCACAGGACAGGAGUGUCUGGAGGCUGUGGCACAGAGACUAGAGCUCAGAGAGAUCACAUACUUCAGCCUGUGGUACUACAACAAGCAGAACCAGCAGAGAUGGAUGGACUUAGAGAAGCCGCUGAAGAAACAGUUGGAUAAGUAUGGCCUGGAGCCCACUGUGUACUUCGGAGUGGUCUUCUACGUGCCCAGUGUGUGCCAGCUGCAGCAGGAGAUCACCAGGUAUCAGUAUUACCUCCAGCUCAAGAAGGACGUUCUGGAUGGCAAGAUCUCGUGCUCUUUGGAACAGGCCAUCCACUUGGCCAGUUUAGCAGUGCAGGCUGCUCUGGGAGACUUCAAUCGAUACGACUCCCAGGAGUUCCUUCAGAAGUUUGACCUGUUCCCAGAAGAUUGGAUUCAGGAUGAGCGAGUGCUGGAGGAGGCUACACAGAAAGUGGCUCUUCUUUAUCAAAGAUUACGAGGACUGUCUGCCCCAGAAGCAGAGAUGAUGUACAUGCAGGAAGUGGAGAAGACAGAAGGCUACGGACAGGAGAGCUUCCAAGCAAAAGACAGCACUGGAGCAGACGUGACCCUGGGAUCCAGUCUAGACGGCAUCUUCGUCAAGCAUAAGAAUGGAAGGCCUCUACUUCUUUUCAGGUGGAGCGACAUUAACAACAUGACUCACAACAGGUCGUUCUUUGCUCUGGAGCUGUCCAACAGAGAGGAGAGUGUCCAGUUCCAAACAGAGGACAUGGAAACAUCUAAAUACGUGUGUCGAUUGUGCCUGGCGCGCCUCAAGUUCUACAAGAUAAAUAAGAGCUCGCUAGAGGAGUGUGACCCGCGGCCUCAGAAGUCCCUCCUUACUCUCUCACUUCCCCGUUUCCCCAUGCUCUCUCGACCCUUUCUGCCAUCUGACAAGGGCCAAACCCAGCCCACAGUGAACCCAGUGAGAAGGAGAUCCUCCACUAGACUUUCUCUGCCAAAGCCCCAGGCCUACAUGAUGCCCCCUCAGAUGCACUACAAUGGACACUUCACCGAGCCCUACACAUCCUCACAGGAUAACCUGUACGUCAAUAAUCAGAACGGUUACUACUACCACUCUCAGACGAGCUUAGACUGCCCCCCUGUGGACUACAGCGGGGGACGUCUGCGUAACGGGAGUGUAUACAGCGCUCACAGCACCAGCUCCCUCACCAACCCCCAGCACUACAUCCAGCCCUCCCCCAUGUCCUCCAACCCCUCCAUCACAGGAAGUGACAUUACCCGGCCCGAUUACCUGCCCACACACCGUCACAGUGCUCUGAUCCCGCCCUCGUACCGUGCCACACCAGAUUAUGAAAGUGUCAUGCGCCAGAAGAACCAGGCGGCGCUGGGGGGAUUGAUGCUGUCCCAGGAGCACCGCCAAAGUCACUCUAUGAGAAACCUCAACAUCAGCAACUCGUACGCCUACAGCCGACCCGACCCACUGGUUUACAGUCAGCCUGAGAUCCACCACUAUCCCUUCCACCUGGGCUCCAGCUUCCACAGCCCGUCACCCUACCCUCACCCCACAGAGAGGCGCCCUGUAGUAGGGGCAGUGAGCGUGCCUGAGCUCACAAACGUACAGUUACAACAGGCGCAGGAGUACCCCGCACCGAACAUCAUGAGAACUCAGGUGUACCGCCCGCCUCCGCCCUAUCCAUAUGCCCACCCCCGGCCCGCCAACAGCACCCCUGACCUGUCCCGCCACCUGUACGUGAGCAGCAGUAACCCGGACCUCAUCACCAGGCGGGUGCACCACUCAGUGCAGACCUUCCAGGAGGACAGCCUACCCGUGGCCCACUCCCUACAGGAAGUGUCAGAGCCACUGUACAGUGGACUCGCCCACAGACCGCCCUACCAUGUCUACAAGAGGAACUCCAUCGAGAUCGCAGGCCUAGCCCACAGUCUGGAGGCCAUGAAGGUCAAAGAGAGGACCAUGUCCAGCUCUGCUGUGGAGUCUCACACUAUGGCUGUGCAUGAGGCACGCUCACAAGGCUCUCAGCUCAAUGUACUCCUGGAGCACUCCCACACAGAGGAGCUGAAGGAGGAGGGCCAGUACGGACACAAGAAGUCCCCCUCUGAUGCCACUAUGCUGGUGCACAGCAGUGAGGAGGAGGAGGAAGAAGAAGAGAGUGGCCGUCACACCCCUCUGUCCCACAACACCAGUGCACAGGCCAUGCCCACAGAGCCCCCUCCAGCCUAUCCCACAGGCUCUAUGCUGAGCCCAGCCAUAGGCUCUGCCCUCACCGGAGCUCUGGGAUACAUCCCAGAGAGAGAGGCCUGGACCAUGCCCUCGGAGCCAGAGCCCACUGCUGUUCAGUCCAAACUCAAGAUAAAGAAGAGACCCAUGUCCGAGGUGCUCCCUGUGAAGAGGCCUGUGGAGGGGCUGCCGCCAGCGGGCAUGAAGAGAGGAGUCAGGCCGGACCAGAGGAGGGGCCCCUCUCACAGGGCCCCACACAACAAUGGGCUCCCCAAGACAGCCCUGCACCUGGAAACCAAGGACGAGCUGGAGCGGGCCUCCAACGACCAGAGGUCUCGGGAGUUGGAGCAGCACGUGGAGCAAGGCCAGGUGCACGCAGAGUACGAGGACAUCCCCAAGCGCUGGCCCUCCACUGAGUGCUCCAUCGCCCGGCAACCCGAGAACGAGGAGAAGAAUCGCUUCCAGGACGUCCUGCCCUACGAUCACAACCGCGUGGAGCUCAUCCCCACCAAGGAGAACAACACGGGCUACAUCAACGCCUCGCACAUCAAGAUGACGGUGAGCGGGCAGGAGUGGAGCUACAUCGCCUCUCAGGGCCCCCUGCAGCACACCUGCUCAGAUUUCUGGCAGAUGGUGUGGGAGCAGUGUGUGUCCAUCAUCGCCAUGGUGACGGCCGAGGAGGAGAGCGGGCGAGAGAAGAGCUUCCGUUACUGGCCCAAACUGGGUACGCGGCACACCCAUGUGACCUACGGCCGCUUUAAGAUCACCACGCGCUUCAGGACCGAGUCGGGCUGCUACGCCACCACCGGCCUCAAGAUCAAACACCUGCUCACCGGACAGGAGCGCACCGUGUGGCACCUGCAGUACACAGACUGGCCCGACCACGGCUGCCCCGAUGACUUCAAGGGGUUCCUCACGUACCUGGAGGAGAUCCAGUCUGUGAGGAGACACACCAACAGCAUCAGUGACCCUAAGAGCAGCACCAGCCCUGUGCUAGUCCACUGCAGCGCUGGGGUGGGCCGCACAGGGGUGGUCAUCCUGUCAGAGGUCAUGAUCGCCUGUCUGGAGCACAACCAGCCUGUGCAGGUUCCCACGGUGCUGAUGGAGCUCAGGCAGCAGAGGAUGCUCAUGGUGCAGACUCUGUCCCAGUACAACUUUGUGUACAAGGUGCUCAUCCAGCACCUGAGGAACGCCCGCCUCAUCUGAGAGCACUCUGUCUGCACGGAGGAUCUAUGUAUGAGAGAGGAAGAGGGCGCUCUGUCUGCACGAAGGAUCUGUGCCAAAGCUCAGGACAGUAUUACAGUGGUCAGGUGCAGACCGGUCAACAGUGUUAUGUACAAGUUGUUUUAAUCAAAGAUCAGCACUUUUGGACUCACACUGAACCAGUCCUACAGUGUCUCAGGACUCACUGGGACACUGACUCUGAAGUAGACUACAUUUAUUAUAAUUAUUAUUUUGGAUGGAUUGUUUCAUGAGAUGACGACAGCGGACUCAGAGUGGACACAGAUUUAUAUUGCGGUUGUGUGAAGUGUUCCUCCUGCAGGGCUCGUGUGAAGUCCAGGGCGGUGUCUGUGUUAGUAUGACUCAGAGGAGCUUACUCUAGACAUUUCUACCAUCGGGCUGAAACCUUUGUAAUGAGAGCUAAGGCUGUCCAGACAAAAUCAUGAUCUGGAGAUGGGCCCAGAGUGCCACUGCCAACAACAUUGUGAGAUAGGUCAAAUGCAGAGGACACUUUCCCCUACAUGAGAAUGUAUCCUACCUUUUGUAGUGCCAAACAUGUGCACUAACAGGGCCAGAGCCCAGCCUGAGGUACACACCUCCUCUGCCACACAAUGAAGUGAACUAAUGACAACAUAGUGAAAUGUUCAGUAAUGGUGCCUAAACAUGACAAUGAAGGAGUUACGUAGGCUUUUAUAUUUAAUAUUUUGAAGAGUUUUUUGAACAAAUGCCCCAGUGCCUCCUUUUUUUAUGUAAGCUUUUGGAAACAGUUGUUUUAUACCUCUCUGGUUAAGUGGCCAUUUGCCACAUGAGGAGACUGUCAGGUACAAGGCCUGAGUCACCAGAACCAAAGUGCAGCGUUGUGCUGCUCAGUGUGGAUGACGCGCGUGUGCUUUAGUGAUGUGUUUUUACGACGGUCUCACUGGAGACUUGAGUUUGCGCCUGUUUGGUGUGUGGCUGUACAGGUAUGCUGUUCAUAUUGUAAAGAAGAUUUAAUGUGGCUUUAAUUCUUGUACACAUGUAAAAAUGUAACUACUGAACAAAUGCGAUGCUUUUCAAAUGUGUGGCCAAUAAAUAUUUAAGGAAAAAUA